AUGUUAGAAUUCACCCCACACGAUAUUCUUCAGCACAUCGCUCUUCUCACCACCACCCCUGUCGCGACCCCGCCAUCCGACCUCUAUGCUCUGCUUGCAACUUGUCGAACUCUUUAUCGCGCCUUGAAUGUGUCCUCUAAUCCUCAUCUCUAUGCUGCCAUUUUCCGACACCAGUAUGGACCCGACUUGCGCAAUAGGACUGACUCCUCUCUUUCUGCUGAACUCCACCAACGAUGCGAUGCUCUUGGGCGCUGUCGCCGUAUUGACCUGGGCGUUCAUCGUUUACGGCAGGAUAUGUCGACACUAUUUUGGAUGGUGCUCGAGCAUGGGAGCCAAUGCGAUGCCCUCUCUCAAGUCGGCUUUUCGUCAUUUGUUGUUCAACUCGCUCGGAAUCUGUUGAGCGACAGAAAGGGAGACAAGAAUAACAUCCAGUUGGUCGUUUGGCUCUUGUGUCUGGCCCUGUCGAGAAACGACAUUCUCUCGCAGAUCCCAGAAGAAGUUCGAGACGAGCUCGUGAUCUCAUUACGUCCCUUCGUCUCGACCGACGCGUCUCUAUAUCUUACCUCACUAUCUCCCUUUUCUGCUACCGACUCACAAGACAAGCUAUGUUGGCUCCCACCCUGUUCAACUCCGCGGUCGCGCCCUCAGGCUGUCAAUGAUGAAGCAGGGCUUCUUUUCUACAACAAGCGUGUAUUUCUCGACCUCCCACCCGUAUCGGACGCUGCUGUUAUCCUGAUUUUUGCGCUCAAGGAAGCUGUUCCACUACAAGCACCAUAUCACCUCCCAGCAACCCGCGCAUUGGCGAUUUCCGAAAGUCGUGGUGGGCCCACAGCCGAGGACUACACUACUUUCCAGUCAACCCUUACGCCUUUGUUUUCUGAUAUCCGCCAAACCGAAAUGCUGACGCAAUCUCGUUUGGCCACGACUCGUGCAUGGGUGGUCAACACUCUGCCUGAACCAGAAGCCGCUGACCAACGUGCGCUCAUUGGAGCAGGCUCGAUUGCCGGCGUCUGGGAAGGCGCGAUGAUGAUCUCCUCCUGUGGACUAUCGGAAGAUUCCGAGCCCCCCGACUUUCUCUGUCGCACGCCAAUGCAGUGUGAAUUCGUCGAGCAACAACACGAGUCGCCUCCGGAUUGGGAUCACCGCGAGACACAAAGCGGGAACUGUCCGAACAUUUUGAUGAGACCGGACGUGGAGGCUUGUAUCGCGUUAGUCGGGCAGACGCUGCCCCAACAUGAGGAGGCGUGGGGCUCCGAUGGUUUCACUUUCGCGGGAAGGGCGCACAAAAAUGGAGAGAUCGUGUUUACUCGCAGACCAAAACAACCGGCAAACCAAACUUCGGAAGCAUGGCUCUUCAUCGGCCGUCUAUGUUAUGGAAAUGCACUUGUUGGCACCUUUCGAUCGUCGGCAGUCGAUGACGCAUGUAGUGUGUGCGGAAUUUUCAGUCUACGCAAGCAGACCCCAAGUCCCAAUGCAGCGCCUGAAUAG